UCUCUACUUCCUCAGAUGAGCUUCCAAUUUCUUCAUGCAGCUAAGUUUCUAGCUUUACAGAUGUGCUCAAUGUUACAUGUUGGUCGAGCACUUCUCCACUUCCUAAGUUUCAGGGUUAAUGGGUUAAUUGGAGGCACAACUUCCUUCACUUCUUCAAAUUUGCCCACCAAAGAAAGUACAGAAAGCCAAAAAAUGGAGAAAGAAACUGUCUUUUGGCGCUUAAUUUUUUUAGGUUUUUGGCUCCAAAAUAAUUUCAGAAUAACCACUAUAUAUUUGAGAAGUUUCAUUGCAAAAAGAAUAUCUGAACCUGGACAAGAAGACCAGAGUUCUGUAAAUCAAUGGCACCGGGUGGACGUGUCUUUAGACAAACUACACUUACAGGGGAAACGACUCAAGAUACUCAAUCAAUGGAUGACUCAAAUAACCUUACUCAUGUUGUUAAUACAGAUGAUUUCACUAGACUUAAGAAAGGUCGUGGAAAAACUAGAGGGAAAGGUCUUGAAAAAAUGAAGAAGACUUUGGGAAGCAAGAUGAAAAUAGAAAUUCUACUGGGCAAAGGAAGGCCAACUAAACCAGAUCAAUCAGCAAAGCUAUCCAAUGAGUUGGGGAUAAUUGCUCGAAACUUUCUAUUGCUUCCAAACAA